AUGCUGCGCCUUAUAUUAUUGGAUCGGCUCACUCUGUGCUUCCCAAGGCAACAUCAAGGACUGACAUGGGAAGCUGCUGCAAUGCGCGAAAUUGUUCUGUGCGAGAGAUUACACUAUGGAGUAUCCAUUAUGAGCCCAAACGAACUGAGUCUUGCGGGAUGUGCUUGUGGGAAAGCGACUUGGGACAAGGUCCACUGCAUAAUGGAGCUUGGAAGGUACAAGAGCGAUUUCUUUCGACUUGACUCUGGUGAGCUGUCCCUAAAUGCCACUCUCCACGUUACCCAGCCAACUCAGAGAGAUGAUAAAUGGCAAGAGAAUCCGUAUGGUUCAUGCCAAGUUUUCGUUAGAGCUUACUCCAGAUGCGAGGUAUCUAAAAAAGUCGAUAAGGUUGCUGCCAACAACGGCAUCCAACAAUUGUCAUCAACAGUUAUUAGAGAUAUGGUUACAGACGGGCUCUGGAGUAGUGGGCUAAUUCAGAAUCUUUGCUGGAUACAUGAUUUAACCCAGAGCUGGCGCGCCAGCUGGGAGCUGGGCAUAUAA